AUGGCCGCACAACAAAAGGCCUCAUCGGCCUCUCAAACCCCGCAUCUCUCCCCCGCCGAGCUCUCCUACCUCUACACCUCUCUCUCCCUCCCGCAAAACCCAAUCCGACCAGACGGGCGCUCCCCAACACAAUUCCGGCCCUUGACAGCCGAACCGGAUAUCCUCCCGGGCACAAACGGGAGCGCGCGCAUCGGGUUCGCGGACGGGACGCAGGCCGUCGUGGGCGUCAAGGCUGAGGUCGAGAAGACGGUUCUCUCGGCAGAUACACUCGACGCAAGCAAUCUUUCACAGCAGCAGGGGGAUUUCGUGGCCAAGGAAGGUCGCGACGACAGUGAGGGAACUGGAUCGGCGGCUGUUGCGGGCCAUGGAUCUUGGGUUCAGGUGUCUAUUGAGAUCCCCGGGUUCCGGGAUGAUGAUGCCUUGCCGGUCUUUCUGUCGGAGAUGAUGCGCGAGUCGCUUGUGGGUUCUGUCGCCAGUGGAAAUGACUCCGGUGAUGAGAUGGCCGGAGGGCUGAAAGGGAGACUGGUUAUCAAUAUGCGGUGGCAUUGGAGGUUGUACAUCGAUGUUCUUCUUCUCUCCCAGCCCUUGUCAUACCCUCUCCCCCUCCUAUCACUCACAACUCACCUCGCACUUCUCUCCACAAAACUCCCAAAACUCAAGUCCCAAGGCGAAGAGGACCCAUUUUUCGAUGACGACUGGGCUGUCGCAGAGCACCUGUACCCUCGGGGGACGACGAACUCCACCUCGAAAUUGGGUUCAUCAGUGCCUCAAGUCCGCCCACCGAUUACCCUGCUUGUGAUCUCAGUAGGCGAGAACACCAUUUUUGAUCCCAGCCGUGAAGAGAUCGCUGUCGCGGACGCCGUGCUGGCUAUUUCGGUUGCCCGUGACGGCGGCGACAAGAACCUGAAACUCCUUUCUAUCCGUACCAUCGAUCCGCCCUCGCGAUUGACGCAGCCUGGCGUCCCGAACUCAGAGAAUGUGAAUGCGCUCGGUGCUACGGCGCCGACGGAAGAUGUGGCCGUUUUGAAUCCUGCUACCGGCGAGGAGGAGGUUCCCGGUGUCUGGCGUCCGCGACGAGGUGGUGUCAAGCGCAGCGUUAUUGCGCAGAUGGUCAAAACAGUCCUUAAGAAGGGUGGCGUAGGCGAAGAGGUUCUGGAGGGAUUGGAGGGUGUCCAAGUUGAAUGA